GUUGUUCUAAAUGAGUUAAAACGAUUGAGCUAAUCACUGAAAAUGACGUACGAUUCUUUCAUCGGACUUUUCAUUGGUUAUGCAAUUGUAGCGAUUAGUCUUGUUAUUGCUUACUUCAAAUGGAGCUACCACUACUGGUCACGCAAGAAUGUACCACAACUUCCACCAGUGAUACCUUUUGGUAAUAUUCCCAACCCAUUUAACACCAAGGAGCACAUGUCCUUAAGUUCGAAACGUUGUUACGAUGAAAUGAAAGCCAAGGGAUGGAAACAUGGAGGAACCUAUGCAGUAUUAACUCCUAUUUAUUUUGUCAUGGAUUUGGACUACGUCAAAAAUAUAAUGGUAAAAGAUUUUCACCAUUUCGUAGAUCGUGGGACGUAUUGUAACGAGGAAGCAGAUCCCUUAAGUGCACAUUUGUUUUCUUUAUCUGGACAAAGGUGGAAAAAUUUGAGAACUAAACUCACUCCGACCUUCACUUCCGGUAAGAUGAAAAUGAUGUUUCAGACGCUAGUGGACUGUGUGCCCAAUUUAUUGACAAAACUCGAAUCUGAUCGCGUGAAAAAGGUACCAAUUGAUAUCAAAGAGAUACUGGCAUGUUUCACCACAGAUAUCAUCGGAUCGUGUGCGUUCGGUUUGGAAUUUAACAGCUUCAAAGAAGACGAUUCAACUUUUAGGCACUACGGACGUAAACUUUUCCAAGGUUCUAAGUUAAGAAUGCUUCGCCUGUUCUUCGUUACGAAUUUUUCUAAUUUAGCUAAGAAAUUAGGAGUGGUAGUGGUUCCUCCAGACAUUUCUAGCUUUUUCAUGAAAGUUGUUAGAGAAACUGUUGACUACAGAGAGAAAAAUAACCAGACACGAAAAGAUUUCAUGCAGCUAUUAAUCGACCUCAAGAACAAUAAACUUGCAAAUGAAAGUUACAAACAUGAUGGCAACAGUUUAACAGUAGAGGAAAUCGCCGCUCAGAGCUUCGUUUUCUUCCUUGCUGGGUUUGAAACGUCUUCCACCACCAUGAAUUUUGCUCUCUAUGAACUCGCACGACAUCAAGAUAUCCAAGAUAAACUAAGGGAUGAGAUAAAUACUGUGCUUGCUAAAAAUAAUGGGGUCAUUACUUACGGGGCAAUCCAAGAGAUGAAGUAUAUGGAUCAAGUGAUUGACGAAACCUUGAGGAAAUACCCACCGGUCCCGCGUCUAGUAAGAAAAUGUGUUAAAGACUACAAAAUUCCAGAUCAAGAUGUGGUUAUAGAGAAAGGAACAAUGGUUGAAAUACCAGUUUAUGCUAUUCAUUACGAUAAAGAGUACUAUCCAGACCCUGAAAAGUUUGAUCCAGAACGAUUUACUGAAGAAAAUAAGAGUAAGAGACACCACUUCUCGCAUCUUCCGUUUGGAGAAGGUCCCAGGAUAUGUAUAGGUAUGCGUUUUGGCCUCAUGCAAUCAAAAGUUGGCUUAACGGCUUUGCUCAAAAAUUAUAAAUUUACGGUUAACAAGAAGACCAUGGAACCUCUCAAGAUAAAUCCAUCUGCCGGUAUUUUAGCGGCCCAAGGUGACGUUUGGCUAAGUGCAGAAAAAAUUUAUGGUAAAGCGUUGACAAAAAUUUAUAUGAUCAUUCCCACUAACAACGAUGACGUCAUCGUCAUCUUCAACUUUUACACUAAAAUGACGUAUGAUUCUUUCAUUGGAGUUUUCAUCGGCUAUGCAAUUGUAGCGAUUACUCUUGUCAUUGCUUACUUCAAGUGGACCUACCAGUACUGGUCACGCAAAAAUGUACCACAACUUCUCCCAGUGAUACCUUUUGGCAACAUUCCCAACCCAUUUAACAACAAAGAGCACCUCUGCUUAUCUUUGAAACGUUGCUACGAUGAAAUGAAAGCAAAUGGAUGGAAACAUGGAGGAAUCUAUGUAGCACUAACACCUACUUACUUUCUCAUAGAUCUGGACUACAUUAAAAAUAUAAUGGUAAAAGAUUUUCACCAUUUCGUAGAUCGUGGGGUGUACUCUAACGAGGAAGGAGAUCCUUUAAGUGCACAUUUAUUUACCUUAGCUGGGCAAAGAUGGAAAAAUCUGAGAGCCAAACUCACUCCGACUUUCACUUCUGGUAAGAUGAAAAUGAUGUUUCAAACGUUGCUGGACUGUGUGCCCAAUUUAUUGGCAAAAGUAGAGUCUGAUCGUAUGAAGAAAAUACCAAUUGAGAUCAAAGAAAUACUGGCAUGUUUCACCACAGAUAUAAUAGGAUCGUGUGCAUUCGGUUUGGAAUUUAACAGCUUCAAAGAAGAUGAUUCGACUUUUAGAGAAUACGGACGUAAACUUUUGAAAGGUUCUAGGUCAGGCAUGAUUCGCCGGUUGUUCGUUUCGAGUUUUCCUAAUUUAGCUAAGAAGUUAGGAGUGGUGUUGGUUCCUCCAGACAUUUCUAGGUUCUUCAUUAACGUUGUUAAAGAAACUGUUGACUAUAGGGAGAAAAAUAACCAGACACGCAAAGAUUUCAUGCAGCUACUAAUCGAUCUCAAGAACAACAAACUUGCAAGUGAAAAUGGUUACAAACACGAUGGCAACAGUUUAACAGUGAAAGAAAUCGCAGCCCAAAGCUUCGUUUUCUUCAUUGCUGGGUUUGAAACGUCUUCCACCACAAUGAAUUUUGCUCUUUAUGAACUCGCACGACAUCAAGAUAUUCAAGAUAAAGUAAGGGAUGAGAUAAAUGCAGUCCUUGCUAAGUAUAAUGGUGAGAUUACCUACGGGGGAAUACAAGAAAUGAAGUACAUGGAUCAAGUGAUUGAAGAAACUUUGAGAAAAUACCCACCGGUGCCUCGUCUAGUAAGAAAGUGUGUUAAAGACUACAAAAUUCCAGACCAAGAUGUGGUUAUAGAGAAAGGAACAAUGGUUGAAAUACCGGUUUAUGCUAUUCAUUACGAUAAAGAAUAUUAUCCAGAGCCGGAAAAGUUUGAUCCAGAACGAUUUACUGAAGAAAAUAAGAGUAAGAGGCACCACUUCUCGCAUCUCCCUUUUGGAGAAGGUCCCAGGAUAUGUAUAGGUAUGCGCUUUGGCUUCAUGCAAUCAAAAGUUGGCUUAACAGCUUUGUUAAAGAAUUAUAAAUUUACGGUUAACAAGAAAACCAUGGAACCUCUCAAGAUAAAUCCAUCUGCUGGUAUUUUAGCGGCCCAAGGUGACGUUUGGCUAAGUGCAGAAAAAAUUUAGAUUUACAUAACCAUUGGCAAUUUUAAUAAGUGUAAUAAUAUGCAAUAUUCGUAUGUAAAUGGUGGCAGUAAAUGUACGAUGAUGACAAUAGACGAAAUAGUCCUUUCGAUUUAA